UUUGUUGGGAAGGAGUGCGGGACAGGCUAAAAGUGAAAAGUGUAGAAGUUGCAAGUGGCAGAAUUUCUGCCGCAGAAAAUAAAAUUGCACUCGUAAAAUUGCUGCUCUAAGGAAGCCAAUCUAUCUAUCAACCCCAUCGGUUCUGCUAUUUUGUAGUUAGUCUUCUGAAUCAGAAGUUCUGCCGAUUCUGAUUUUUGAAUCUGCUUUGCACUUUGUCUAGACCGGAUUUUAUGGUUUACAAAAAUGGAUCAUCAUCGUGACCGUAAGAGGCACAGCAGUACACACUCCUCCACAACCGGGUACAUUUGCAAACCUAAGGUUUUGAAAAAUAAAAGUCAUAAGACGAAGAAGUCAAAAUCUUCUCGAUCAAGAGAUGUGCGUCGCAGUAGGAAUCAGAAACGAGCCAAGGAUAACAAAACGAGGAAGCGACAUCGUCGCAGACACUCGUCGUCAUCAUCUUCAUCAAGUUCCUCCAGUAGUUCAUCAUCAUCCAGUAGUUCCAGCAGCACUUCAAGUAGUUCCUCGUCAUCUACAUCAUCUUCCAACGAGAAAGAUGUCUUACGGUUAAAAUCUAAACUAAAGAAAAUUAAAGAAAGAUCAAGAUUAAAGAAGAGAUUAAGUACAAGUUCCGCAGAUUUGAGCAGUAAUCCUGCAAAGAAAGCCAAAAGUCAACCCGUGCAAAUACCUACCAAUAAUACAACAAGCGUUAAUAAUAAUAGUGUUGGAAAGUCGCCAACAUUUCCUUCGACUACUAAAAGUACAAACGACAAUGUUGGUCCUCAGCCCUCUUCUCUAAAGAACAAAGCAAUGGCUCCAAUGACCAAGGAAGAGUGGGAAAAGCGACAGAGCGUCAUUCGACGUGAAGUUUCACCCACGACUGGAAGAAUAAGACUGAUUCGUGGUGAAGGAGAGGUUAUCGAGGAGAUUGUGAGCAAGGAUCGUCAUAAGCAAAUUAACAAGGCUGCAACAAAAGGAGAUGGAGACAGCUUUCAGAAACAUCUUGCCAGCAAAUUUAGGAAGUCGUAAAGUAUCCGAGUAAUGCACAAUUCAAGAUCUUACCAAAUUCAUGUUAACAGAAAAUAAUUAAUACAUAUAUAUGGUAAGUUGUUAGGUUAAUCUUUUCCUGAUAAAAUUAUGCCAAGAUUAAUACAUAUUUGCAUACGGUACUCAUACGAGAUUUACAUAAGUGAAAGUCGAGGACAAUUAAUAAUUUCUUAUGUAAUUGUCUACACAUAAAAAGAACGCUUGUAGUAACAGCUCAAAAUGUUUUACGUGUUUACAUUUUAUUUUAAUCCAUUUGUCAUAUUCUUUGUGAAUCUGUUACAUUAUCUGUUGUUAUUAAAAGUAAAAAAUUAAAAUUGAGUUACGAUUACAAGA